AAGGAAACAAAAAAGACGUAUUACAAUGCCGCCUCUGGCAAAGUCCGAAAACGUCUGCACUGGCUGCAGAUCGAGGAAAAAGAAGGCAAGCGUCCAUGUUGUUCACCGUGCCUCCGAAGAGGUGAAAUAUGCCUCUACAGAAUAUCUUUCAUUGGCCCGGCUUGGGGUUUUGUGGCUGGUGACAAUCCGGCAUUCAAUCCGGAGUUCGAGGAUGGUCCAAUUUCCACCAACAUUGAACCUCAGGGCCCCCUUACAACCCUCCAGUUUCCAACAAUUGAGGCUCCCUUAGAAUAUACUGAAUCUGGAAUGUUUGGAAUCACAAAUCCUUCCGCUUUCAGUGAUUUCGAGACAACUCGAGAACAAGCUCCGAGUUCCCCUUUCAUGAGCUCGCGUCAACCAAUCUCCCUGCCACCACCAAAUGUUCUUCGAGAACUGAUCGACAUAUUUUUCGAAAGAAUAUAUAUUUACAUUCCAAUCCUUCAUAGGUCCCGAUUUCUAGCAGAAUUGGACAGCAAAGGUCCAGAAGUACGCUCACAGCCGCUUCUGUUCGCAAUCUGUGCCGUCUCAGCCGCGAGACACCCCAAUCCCGGCAUACGGGAAUCGCAGCGCAGUUGGUAUGAUGUGGCAAGAGAGACGCUUUCAAAAUCUCUACAUUCUCCAGAUGAUCUUCUGGCUACUCUACAGGCUGCCGUUAUUAUAAUAUACCAAGCCAAUAUAUUCGCCGAAUAUUCAACGUCAUGGUUGUUAACUAGCGAUGCCUGGAGAAUUGCCGUGGUGACAGGUUGCGCACGUUUGGAUGGCAAUCUUCGAUCUACGCCACUGAAAUUUAAAUUGGGAGUUGGAAACAGCUGGAUGCAAAAAGAAGAAUGCCGGCGGGCUCUCUGGAUGCUCUUCGUUUUCGACCGUGGACUGUGCUCGCUGGAUCUCGCACCGGCCAUUGACGACCAGCAGCUAAAUAUCAAUCUUCCCAUGGCCGACGACAUCUUUUCCGGCGAAGAUGAGCCAAUUGACAUUGAGCCUAUUGGUUAUACUUCAAGUAUCGACAAGCUCAUGGAUAGAAUAGAGACAGAGAUUCGCCUGGGCAACAACACAAACAUUCGCCAAUUUAUCGUAGCGGCAUAUAUGCUCCUUGGACGUAUUGGAAGCGAAAUUUAUCAAAAUGAAUUCGACUACACCAAAGGUACUUCCGUGUUAGACUCCUUGAGUGCAUCUCUUAUAAGGCUGAGGCUUCUUAUACCUCAAGAGGCUACAGAACUUUCUUUUGCCGAUCCCAGGGAUUUCAAGCUUGUGAUCUGGCUCAAUGCCAUCAUGACAGCUAACACCAUCUUCCUUUAUCAUCAGCCUCUUCUUAAUGGGGAAAGCUUCGAUGAGCCCAGCGGAAUGUCCAACAAUUGGCCUCUUUGUGUUGCUGCCUCACGGAAUCUUGUCGCAGGGCUGCGCGACAUGUGCAGAUCCUCCACCGACUUUGCCGAUGAUGCUUUCUUGGCGUCUCUAGUAUAUGCCGGUAGUCGAAUAUUGAUUAUUGAGUAUAUCCUAUCAUCCAAUGAUAUGACUCCCCGACGGUCAGGGAAUUUCUCUGUUGUAUCAUCUAGAAGUCAGAACCUAAAAGCUGAUAUUGACCUUCUUUAUCACAUCUUCCGCCAUUUCAAAGUAUCGUUAGGUUGUUCAGGGGAGCAAUUCUACGAUGCGUUUGUUCACUCCAUGACAAUUGAUGAGGAGAGUUCCCGAACUGCCAAGGCGGGCUCAUUGCUUGAUAUGCUCCGCAUCUGCGAUCGGUGGCCGUCA